AUGAACUCCAAACCAGCCUCGAAAUGGGCCACCAACACCGAGGAAGAUGACCUUGAAAUCGCAUCUUUGCGAAAGAAAGAGAAGGAGGAGAAAAGAAGACUGAAGGAGGAGAGAGCACGCAAGACCGCCGCCGCUGCUGCAGCAUCCCAAGUUCAUGAUUCAGAAAGACCUUCCAAACGCCAACGUACAUCAGAGGACAAUAGUGAUCCACCGCAAGAUGAGGGCGCGAACCUAUUGCAGUUCCAGACCCGAUCGUUCGGGCCUUGCGGCCAUGUCGAUCAGUUUGAGUUGCUCAAUAACAUCGAAGAAGGCUCCUAUGGUCUGGUGUCGCGUGGCCGCAGAAAGGACAAUGGCCAAAUUAUUGCAUUGAAACGCCUCAAGAUGGACCAUACCAAUGAUGGCUUUCCUGUCACUGGGCUGCGAGAGAUUCAGACAUUAAAAGCAUGCAAACACCCUCACGUGGUGGAUUUGUUCGAGGUGGUCAUGGGUGAUAGCUUGAAAGAUGUCUAUCUCGUCAUGGACUUCGUCGAACAUGAUCUCAAGACUCUUCUUGAAGACAUGGCAGAACCCUUUCUACCUUCCGAGACCAAAACUUUGAUGUUACAAAUCGUUUCAGCCAUCGAUUAUCUGCACCAGAAUUGGAUCUUGCAUCGUGAUCUGAAAACAUCAAAUCUACUACUCAAUAAUCGAGGUGAAAUCAAACUAGCCGACUUUGGCAUGGCCAGAUAUACGAGCCAUCCUCCGCCAAAAUUGACCCAACUUGUGGUCACAUUGUGGUACAGAGCACCCGAAUUACUUCUCGGGACGGAAGAAUACGAUUCAGAGAUCGACAUUUGGAGCCUGGGUUGCAUCUUCGCCGAGCUGCUCACCAAGGAACCUCUCAUCCAAGGCAAGAACGAAGUCGACCAACUCUCCAAGAUCUUCGCCCUCUUAGGAACCCCGACGAAUGAAACUUGGCCCGGCUUCAGAUCCCUCCCCAACGCCAAAGCCCUGCACCCGGUCCUGGCGAAAGCAUCGGUGCCUUCAUUCCUAACGGCCUCCAAAUUCCCUUACCUUACCACAUCUGGCCUCCGCCUCCUCUCAUCCAUGCUCUCCAUGAACCCCGGCGGACGGCCCUCCGCGCCGCAAAUCCUCCGACAUCCGUACUUCAAGGAAGAUCCUCGUCCCAAGGCCAGGGAGAUGUUUCCCACGUUCCCGAGCAAGGCCGGACAGGAGAAGCGGCGGAGGAGAGCCACUCCACAGGCACCCAACCGUGGCGACGCGCCCAAGCUCGACGAACGCGAGUUUGCCGGCAUCUUCGCCGGGAGAGCUGACGAGGCCCAAGGUGCCGGCUUCUCGCUACGACUUGGCUGA